AUGAGAAUACAAGUACACUACAAGUUAGUACAAGCUCAGAAACCACCGCGUGGCUAUCCGAGAAAAGGUCCGGUACGAGUUGAGCCGCUCAAAGAUGUAGCAAAUGGCAAUACACAAGGACAAUCUACCACCUCACCGGCCCCAUCACAAUGUAGGUUUUCAACGACGCAAAAAUACCAGAAUAUGAAGAAUUACUUUCGACGGCAGAUAGAAAAAUUGCAUAGAGAAAAUGGUGAGUUUUCGGGGUCUGAAGCAGUCAACAUACUUGAAGAAUAUCUCCAAGCAAACCGCGAGCAGUUUUCUGCUCAUGUGGUGAAAAGAGAAAACGCAGUAAAGGCUCUACCGAGCUGCGUAAGCUCUUGCUCCGCUAAAGCUAUGCUGUAUUUGAAGAAUGGGAAAGCUUUGAACACAAUCAAAGAUGGUCUUAUCGUAAGAGAUGAGUCCUUUGCUCGAUAUCGAAUAUGGGAACUAAGCAAAAGGUGCAAAAAGUGUGAGAUAGUUGAUUACAUGCUAAUGCUUGCUGAUGAGAAGGGACAUUAUCUCGGCUACAAUCCUAAUACGAACCUCAUGUAUCUUGAUCAAGCAAAUCAUUUCAACAGAUUUGGCAAACAAAUUAUACAGACCAUCUUCGAGAAGUUGGCUAAGCAGUUUGUUACACCUCAAGAUAAUGGGACACAUCGUAUUUUGUAAUGCUCUGCUAUGAAAUUUUCUUCAUAUUCCCUUUCAUUUAUAGGAAAGUCUAGACCGUUAAUGUUACUUGAUGGACACUACACAUUUACCGUG